CAUUCUUCUGUGGAGUGCUUCCACUGACAGUCGGCCGGCUAGCCAACCGUCAGCUGAAGUUAUUACGUUACUUCUGCGUCACUCGUUUAGCGUCAGGUUAUAUAUCGAGCUAGAUUUUUGUGCCGGGGUGUGGCCGCCUGUGUCCGGUGAGCCAACGUCAGCUGCAGAGGGAGUCCUCACCGAAUGACUGAGUGUGUGGCUACUAGCUAGCAAAGAGGAGGGGUGGGGACAAAAAACUUCCAAGACCUCGCCCAGCCGUUGCUUCAUUCCAGCAGGCAGCCACUCUCUUGUCGGUGUGAAGGAUCCACACACACGACUAAACCCGAUAAUUAAUCGAGGGGAGACUGACACGGCGGUCUCAACUUAAUAGAAACAGUAACCAUGUUCAGAAAAAACUUGAAGAAGGACCCCGAGCUGUUUCAGAACGUGUCAGAGGGGCUGCGACGGCUCUAUCGGACCAAGCUAUUCCCCCUGGAGGACACGUAUCGAUUCCACGACUUCCACUCCCCUGCGCUCGAGGAUGCCGACUUCGACAACAAGCCCAUGGUCCUCCUCGUGGGUCAGUACUCCACCGGGAAGACGACCUUCAUCCGGCACCUUAUGGAGCAGGACUUCCCCGGAAUGCGAAUUGGCCCGGAGCCGACCACAGACUCUUUCAUCGCGGUAAUGCAUGGUGAUCAGGAUGGGGUGAUACCGGGUAAUGCUCUGGUUGUCGACCCCAAGAAGCCCUUCCGCAAACUCAACGCCUUUGGCAACGCGUUCCUCAACAGGUUCAUGUGUGCUCAAAUGCCAAACCCCGUCCUGGAGAGCAUCAGUAUCAUUGAUACUCCUGGAAUCCUGUCUGGGGAGAAACAAAGGAUAAGCAGAGGUUAUGACUUUGCUGCGGUGCUCGAGUGGUUUGCCGAGCGCGUGGAUCGCAUCAUCCUCCUGUUCGAUGCCCACAAGCUGGACAUAUCUGACGAGUUCUCUGAGGUGAUCCGCGCCCUUAAGAACCACGAGGACAAAAUGCGCGUAGUACUGAACAAGGCAGACCAGAUCAGCACUCAGCAGCUGAUGAGGGUCUAUGGAGCACUGAUGUGGUCUCUGGGCAAAAUCAUCAACACACCUGAGGUUGUGCGGGUGUACAUUGGCUCAUUUUGGGCACAGCCACUGUUGGUCCCAGACAACAGGAAGUUGUUUGAGGCAGAGGAGCAAGACCUGUUCUUGGAUAUCCAGUCAUUGCCACGUAACGCAGCACUACGUAAACUCAAUGACCUCAUCAAACGUGCACGCCUCGCCAAGGUGCAGGCCUAUAUUAUCAGCUCUCUGAAAAAGGAGAUGCCCAGUAUGUUUGGGAAGGACUCUAAGAAGAAGGAGUUGAUUGCAAACCUGGGAGAGAUUUACCUUAAGAUCGAGAAGGAGCACCAGAUCUCACCCGGGGACUUCCCCAAGCUGAGCAAGAUGCAGGAGCUUCUGAAUGCCCAAGAUUUCUCCAAGUUUGCUGUGUUGAAGCCCAAGCUGCUGGAGGCAGUGGAGGACAUGCUCGCCAAUGACAUCGCCCGUCUCAUGGCCCUGGUGCGCCAGGAAGAGGCUGCCAUGCCCAGCCAGUCUGUCAAAGGCGGAGCCUUUGAAGGAACCAUGACUGGUCCCUUUGGUCAUGGCUAUGGAGAAGGUGCAGGUGAAGGCAUCGAUGAGCUGGAGUGGGUAGUGGGUCGCGACAAGCCUACGUAUGAUGAGAUCUUCUACACCCUCUCUCCGAUCGAUAACAAAGUGAGUGGUGCUGCUGCCAAGAAGGAGAUGCUGAAAUCUAAGCUGCCAAACUCUGUGCUAGGAAAGAUCUGGAAGCUGGCAGAUGUGGAUAAAGACGGCCUCCUUGAUGACGAGGAGUUUGCCCUUGCCAACCACCUCAUCAAGGUCAAGCUGGAGGGUCACGAGCUGCCGGCCACACUACCUAAUCACCUAGUGCCUCCGUCAAAACGUGGGUUAGUUGAGCAGGAAUAGAGAAGGGAGUAGCAGCCUAGUGCUGUCAAGCACUUUGCAUCAUAUUUUGGACUCUCUAGGCAAAAAGUCCAACCACAAGCAUGAACAGCAACAUCCUCCAUCAAGCUGUGAGUCUUUAGGCUUUCCGAAACACCGUGAGUAGGUAUUGCUGUGAUCUUUUUCACCAGAGACAGACUGGAGGGUUUGUUUGGGGGGGGGGGGGGUUUAGGCCCAUCUUUAUGCAUUAGGGAACAACAUUCAGGUAUCUAUUAGAAAUAAUCAUGGGUGCAGUGGGGGUUGAUGUACCACCUGAUAAAAGGACAAUAUUGUAUUUUGAACUGAAGCGCAGCAGGCGGUUGCAUGAUGGGGCUGAACAUGGAUUUGUGCAUCCUGUGUAAAAGAUGUCUUAUAAGCAUAGUGCAGUCCUUAUUACAUGUUGAUCCAAAGAAAUAUAGUUUUUUUUUGUCCAUUUGGAGAGAGAGAGGAAUUAAAUAAAAAAAACUGUUAGGAUUAUUUUAUCUAUAUUUUUGUAUUUCCUGACUGUUAAAUUUGACUCUUUCCAAAUGCUCCCCUUUUUAUUAUUUUGCCAGAUAAAUAAAAAGGAGUACAGUACAAUA